CUUCUUAAUUAAUCAAGGAAUGGAGGGGGAGACGAUCAGAAGUUACUUAGAGAAGUUCAGAUCAAUCACAUGAUCAGUUGGUUCUCUGUAAUCAUCGUGUAUCUUCUUCAUCUUUUUCUUCUUUAGAAACCAACUCUACAAUCAUGGCGGAUAAGACUAAGAAGAAGACUAAAAAGAAGGAGGAUGCAAAAGCAGCUCCAGCAGCGGAAGCUGCACCAGCACCAGCACCCGAACCAGAACCAGUACCAGAAAAACCACCAACACCCGCAGAAACUCCAAAAUCCUCCAGAUCAAGUAGAGAAAGUCGAGGUAGCAGAAAAGUCAAACGCACUGGGUCCAGUGUGUUUUCUAUGUUUACUCAAAAACAAGUCGCCGAGUUUAAAGAGGGAUUUGCACUAAUUGAUCAUGACAAAGAUGGUGUUAUUGGUAAAGAAGAUUUAACAUGGAUCUUCGAUCAAGUGGGAAAAAUGGUUGAGGAGAAAGAUGUUGAAGCAAUGCUUGAGGAAGUACCUGUUCCCAUUAAUUUCACGCAAUUUCUUCAUCUAUUUGCAGGACGCUUAUCGCAAGGAGGUACCGAUGAUGAUGAUGUUAUAAUUAAAUGUGUUAACACAUUCGACAAUGGUCAAGGAAAAAUUGACGGCGAAAGAUUUAGGCACGCCUUGACGGUUUUCUGUGACAGAUUCACAAACAAGGAAGUCAAUGAAGCGUUCGAUCAUUGUUUCAUUGAUGAUAAGGGUAGAAUUGAUAUUGAGAGUCUUAUCAAUAUGUUGAUUGGUAAAGAAGACGAAGAUGAUUAAAGGUGAAAAAAAACUAUCGCUUUCUUGUAACAUAAAAUCAUAUUAUCUUUAUAAAAUAAUAAUGAUGGUUGAUACACAGACACACACACAAACAAACAAACAAAUAAUGUAUUUAAAAACAUCAUACCGACGGCUGUGAUUUUCACUCAAACAACAAUACGACAAAAAUAUUUAUGUAAUUUUUUUUUUCUUGAUAUCGAAAAUUUAUUCUCUGAACACUGUGCUGUCGAAGAAAAACUCAUUUCCAAUGUGACAUUUUUCCCGCAAGCGGAUAUUGUCAUUUUAUUUGUAUAGAUAUAUAGGUGCUCACAUAUAUAAUUUAUAAUAAUGUAUCUGUCAUAAAAUAAAUUAAUCAUAAAGAUA